AGAGGAAAAAAGUUCAACGUUCCCAUGCAUUUUCCGCGCUGUCAAUCUUCCGAAUAGAUCGGCUUGAACACGGCCAGAAGCCAUGAUUUCCUUUGCUGCUCUAGUUCUGUGUCUCUGUCCUGCACUGGUCUCUUGUAACAGUUACAGACGAUCCUCCAGUGCACCUACGGCACAGACCAAGAAUGGAACGUACCAAGGCGUGUACUCGCCCGAGUACGACCAAGACUUCUUCCUCGGCAUGCCAUACGUGCAGCCUCCCGUGGGCGAUUUGAGGUUUCGAAAUCCCGUACCGUUGAACGACAGUUGGACAGGUACGCGGCAAGCGACGGAGUAUUCUGGAGAGUGCUAUGGAUACUCAUCCGAUCAGUGGAACUACAAGGUGUCUGAGGACUGCCUGUACAUCAACGUGAUCCGGCCCUCUGGCUACGAGGGGCAAAAGCUGCCCGUGGCAGUCUGGAUCCACGGUGGUGGAUUCACGGCCGGAGGCGGCGUUGACCAAAGGUACAACGCCUCUUUCAUGGUUCAGAACUCCGUUCACAUCGGCAAGCCGAUCAUGGUGGUCAACUUCAACUAUCGUCUCAGCGCCUGGGGCUUCCUUGCCUCCAACGAGGUCGCAGGAGUCGGCCAGACCAACCUCGGUCUCAAGGACCAGCGAUCUGCCCUCCAGUGGGUUCAGGAAAACAUCGCCGGGUUUGGCGGCGAUCCGAGCAAGGUGACCAUCUUUGGCGAGAGCGCGGGUGGCGCAUCCGUCGGCUACCAUCUGACGGCGUUCAACGGGCGGGACGACAAGCUGUUCCGCGGGGCCAUCAUGGAGAGCGGAAAUCCGGUCACGUACGGCCGGUUGCAGGGGCCUGAGGACUACCAGGACAUGUACGAUGCCAUUGUGAAUCGCACCAACUGCAACGGCACGCUGGACACGCUGCAAUGCCUUCGCACGGUCCCGGCGGAACAGUUCAACGCGGCCAUCAACACGACGACGCAACCGUUGACCGGCUUCAACCCCAUCAUGGACGGAGACUUCAUCUUCAAGUACACGUCUCUGCAGCUUGCGGCCGGGGACUUUGUCCAUGUGCCCAUCAUCUCUGGCGCCAAUUCGGACGAAGGCUCCGCGUUCAGCCCUCUGGGGGCUAAUUCCACGCAGGACUUUUACAACAUGCUCACGACGGGCCAGAACGCCGUGCCGCCGGCGUUUGCAAACAUGAUCCUGCAGGCGUACCCGGACGACCCUGCCGUCAACGUGAUCGCGGAUCUGGGCGACGCGAGGACCAGCGGGAUAUUUGGGACGCAGUUCCGCCGCACGGCGAGCUACUACGGCGACAUGGUCUUCAUCGCCAACAGACGGCUCACGUGUGCGACGUGGGCUACAGCCGGCGUGCCCGCGUACUGCUACCGCUUCAACGCUUUGACAGCGAACGUCGUGCCGGAGAUUGGCGUGACUCACUUCCAAGAGAUCGGCUUUGUGUUUCUCAACCUGAAUGGGGUCGGGUACCCGCCCGUGGCCGUCAAUCCGUUCCAAGGCAAGCCGGAAAGCUACGCAAACCUGGCGCGGUUCAUGGACAGCAGUUGGGUGUCGUUCAUCCACGAUCUGGACCCCAACGCGUGGAGACAGACGUACAAGUGGAACGGCACGGAGGAGAUGUGGCCACGCUACGACGUGAACAACCCGUUGGAUUUUGUGUUCGACGCGAAUCGAUCCAGUUAUGCGGAGCCGGACACGUGGCGGAAAGAGGGCAUCGAUCUCAUCAACAACUACAAUGUCGGGGUGUACCAUCGAUGAAGAUGAAGAGAAGAAAAUUUUCACUUGGCUCGCGCAGGGAGGAGCGGCCGUACGUAGUUGGCGCUGUUCGUGUGG